ACAAACAUUUAGAAAACGUGUACAAUAAACCGCUUUUGUUGUCGGUUGUUGCAGAGAACGUAUAUAUAUAUUUACGUUCUCUGGUUGUUGUCUUUGCCGAAAGUGGCUAUAAGAGAGAGCUAAAUGCUUAACAUUCUGUAGAUAAUAUCAGAGAAUUUUGAAGAUUACAAUAUUAUUUGUUUUAUUGUCGAAGCCACAUUUUAGAAGUGCGGUGUGCUUCAAAUAUACAUAUUCAGAUGGCUUAGUCUAGCAUUCAUAGCGCUAUAUUCGUUCCAUCAGUAAGUCAAAGAACGUGAAAAAACGUGAAAAAACUUAAUUUGAACGUGGCAGAGUUCGCGGUGUGCGCAGCCACAGGUGUUUAUUGAGGUCAAUUAUAAUAAAAAUUUUUUAAUUAAAAAAACUUAUGAGCUGAAGAUGCACUUUUCGCAAUAUUUAUGCAUCCUUGUGAUUAUGUUGGCCAUGAUGCCGGAAAGUUUGGCAUUGUUGGAUGGCAUAUACUGCGGAAGGGAGGAUUGUUAUGAUGUCUUGGGUGUAAACCGCCAAUCCACCAAAGCCGAAAUUGGCAAGGCGUACCGUUCGUUAGCACGAAAACAUCAUCCCGAUAUGCAUCGCGGUGCUGAAGCAAAAGCAGAGGCUGAGGUAAAGUUCAAAUUGGUUGCUACCGCCUACGAAAUUCUACGAGAUGAUGAGUCACGUAGAGAUUACGACUACAUGUUGGAUCAUCCUGAGGAAUACUAUUCGCAUUACUAUCGUUACUAUCGACGAAGAGUUGCGCCUAAAGUUGACGUACGCAUCGUUAUAAUUGCAACACUUACAAUUAUUUCCAUUAUUCAAUACUACUCGGGGUUACAGCGUUAUGAUGAUGCCAUAAAACACUUGGCUGCCGUACCAAAAUAUCGAAAUCAGGCAUUGGAAAUAGCAAAAGAAGAUAUAGAGAAAAUAAGUAACCGCAAAGGAAAGAAUCGUAUGUCUAAGUCUGAGCAACGUGAAGAAAUAGAACGCAUUGUUCGGCAAGUAAUCAUAGAGAAAAUGGACGUUAGAGGUGGCUACGCUAAACCAACAAUAUGGGAUGUACUCUGGGUACAAUUGCUAAUUUGUCCUUACACUUUACUUCGUUUUUUAAUUUGGCAUGCAAAGUGGUUUUGGAAUUUUACAAUUAGGAAACAACCAUACGGCAGAGAGGAACAACUUUAUUUGAUUCGACGUUACAUGAAAAUGGGCAAAAAUCAAUUUAAUGCAUUAGAAGAUUAUCAAGUCGAGGACUACCUACGGUUAGAGUUGUGGAAAAAGGAGAAGUUUGAAGUUUGGCAUGAAGAACAAGAAGAAGAAAUGAAAAAGAAAUUGGCUGAAAAUCCCCGGUACAAGUCUUAUCGUCGCUAUAUGAAAAAUCAUGGGCCGGGAAGAAUGACAUUUGAGGACUAAAAGAUAGAUACCGUCACGACUUAGUUCAAACUUUUCAUAGAAAUAUUUAUUGAAAGUCAUAAAUAUCUUACAUGCUGUGAAAAAAUUUUAUUGGAAAAAAAUAAGAAUUUAUAAUUUUUCACUUAAACCAAUCUAAUCAAGUUUCAUUGAUUUAUUGUAAAACUAUCUCUAUUAGUGUAGUGUGAAUUCUAUAAAACGAAAUAAAUUGUAAUAUUAACAAAUUUAAACAACAACACACUUUCGUUAACAAUUGAUGCUGUAACAAGCGAACAUUCACUCGCUAUUCUUUGCAAAAUCUCAUUUUAUGUUCAUUGAACUUUUAAAAGGAACCGGUUCAUUAAAGAAAAGAGGGCAUAUUUAGCUCGAACCUUGCUUUUGGAGCA